UGAUGGCUCGGGUAGCUUCUUGGUUGAUCACGGUGCCUUUGGUCUUACUCACUGACACUUCAGAAGCCAAAGAUGUUUCAACUUGUCCCAGAAGAAGUCUGAGAACCAGGAUCAUACGCUAUAUGUCAGAAAAAGAUUGUAGGAUUUAUGUUGUUGGAAAAGCUACAACAAAUAAAGCGAGUAUGGAUGGUGUGACGGUAUUUAAGAGGUAAAUUAAAAUCCAUUCCCAUAAACUAAGCCCUGUGUGUUUGGUUUAAUGUGACCAGGUAGGAGGGGGAAGCCAAGGUGAGACCACCUCCUACUCAAGCUCUACCUUCACUUUUUAAGCAACACCUUCUACCUGCACUGAGUGCCACAGCCACAUAUAGCAGCAGCAGCGCCUGUAGCAAAGUGGAUACAUCGUUGCAGUUAUACUUUUUUUUUUUUUUUUACCGUGGAUGCUGGGAUGCAUGUCGCCAUUCAAACAGCAUCCCACUAGAAGUCACCUUGGCCCUUAUCUGAGGAACAUCAUCAAAAAUUGGACUCUUAAUCAAGAGGACAUGUUCAGCCCCAGUCAAAUGGUGUCCACACUCUUCCCUGCAGUUUUUCAUUCUCCUGCAGCUCACUUUUUCCCUGCGUUCCCAGCCAGACUGAGCACUCCACCUCAGUUCCUGAUUCCUGGGCCCUUUUUUAGCUACGAAUCCCUGAGGAAUUACCUUCAGCCAGAGGCUUGCAAAGAAUCUUUGCUGCUGGCCACACAGGCGGUUGGGAUAGGACCACUAGCAGAAAGCGAAGAUGAACAGAGGCCAGUGAAGCAACGGCGGGCACGAGCCAACUACAGCAGCUGGCAGCUGGAGGAGCUGGAGAAGGCUUUCAAAACAACACACUACCCAGAUGUCUUUAUGAGGGAGGCCCUGGCCCUCAGACUGGAUCUGAUCGAGGCCAGAGUUCAGGUUUGGUUUCAAAACCGUCGAGCCAAGAUGAGGCGGCAGUUAAAAAUCCAAAGCCAGCUCGCUCGGCCUCUCAUGAAAGGAGACGAUGGCAUAAGUGAGCAGAGGAGCCCAGAUUUCACACAGACAGAAAGUUGCAACAGUGAGCCUUGGGAGAGACAACAGGAAGAAGAGAUCUACCCAUGGACAAAAGCGUCGGCUUCUGUGUCAAGUGUACGGAAGCAGCCCGUGACCCUGAGGUUGGGGAAGUGGGAGAGGCCGGAGGGGCACAGCUCAGAGGAGCUGCGCUCCUGCAGCAUUGCUAAUCUGCGGGCCAAAGCCAGAGAGCAUGAGGCUGAGAUCCAUAACACUGUAAACAUGUCAGGCAGCGACUUACAGGCACAAACGCAGGAAACCGAUGUCAUUCCCAGUGACUAACAAUGUUCCUUCUUCCUGUUUAUACAGAAAAACUCUGGACAUCAUCAGUGUACUGAACUGUUUGAACUUCUUGGCAAACAUGUCGUCACUUUGCCUUAAAUAACAGACCAUUGACUAAAUAAAUUAUAUUA